AUGAAAUUAUCAUUAUUGUUUGUACUUGUAAUAUUAAGUACUUUACUUAUUAAAACCUAUGCUGAAACUGAACAAGUAGAAUUGUUUGGUGAAUUAUUUGGAUGUGGACAUGCAUGUGGUGGAAGUUGUGCCUGUGACUCUGAAUGUAAUUCAAAUAACCCAUGUGGUGUAUCAAAAUGUGUAAAUGGUAAAUGCUCUACCACUACUAUCCCAUGUCCAUCGAUGAAGUGUGGUGGCAAGGGUACCUGCAAUCCAAAGGACGGAAAGUGCUACUAUGACCAAUCCUCUGAUAACUGUUGCUCUGAUAACAACGCCUGCACCAUUGACGAUUUUGACUCGUGUAAGGGUUGCUCCAACAAGCCAAGAGUAUGUGACGACAGAAACCCAUGCACCUUUGACAGUUGCUCCAACUCGACCGGAUGUACCUAUACCCCAAUUCCAGGUUGUUGUUCAGAAAAUUGUGAUUGUGACGACAAGAAUGACUGUACCGAAGACAACUGCUACGGUGGAAAGUGUAGCAACCGUCCCAUUACCGGGUGCUGUAGUUCUGAUUCUCAAUGCAACAGAGGGUCUGCUUGUACCAUCGACCGUUGCGUCAAGGGCAAGUGUGUCAUCUCACCCAAGUCUUGUAGCACCAAUGGAAACAAGUGUGUCACCAGUUCAUGCGACAACACCUAUGGUUGUGUAACCAAGCCAAUCUCUUGUAACGACAACAAUGCCUGUACCUAUGACAGCUGUUCCAACUCGACCGGAUGUACCAACACUCCAAUCCCAGGUUGUUGUUCAGAAAAUUGUGAUUGUGACGACAACAACUCGUGUACCUCUGACUCUUGCCAAAAUGGAAAGUGUGUCUUUACUCCAAUCAAAAAUUGUUGUUCUGGAGACAACCAAUGUUCGACUGGAAACAAGUGUAGCAAUGAUCGUUGUGUAAGAAACAAGUGUGUCAGCACCCCAAUCUUUGGCUGUUGUUCGGGAGACAAUGAAUGCUCUGACGGUAACAAGUGUACCACUGAUCGUUGUGUCAACAACAAGUGUACCUACACCCCAUCCUACUGUAACCCACUCGCCUGCGGUGCCUCUGGACGUUGUAACCCAUUCGACGGCCAAUGUGACUACACUCCAGACAAGGACUUUGAAAAGUGUUGUGAAGAUGGAAACAAGUGUACCACCUCCAAGUGGGAUGGCAGAAAGGGAUGUACCCACGUACCCAAGUCUUGUAACGACAACAACGCCUGUACCUAUGACAGCUGUUCUAACUCGACCGGAUGUACCAACACCCCUAUCCCAGGUUGUUGUACAGAGGAUUGUAAUUGUGACGACAAGAACCCAUGUACAAAUGACAGCUGCUUCAAUGGCAAGUGUCAAAACAAACCAAACGGUCUCUGCUGCAGUGGAAAUGGUGAUUGCCAAGAUGGAGAUGAAUGCACAAUCGACACUUGCGUCGCUGGUCGUUGUCAACACGCCAAAAUGAACUGUGAUGAUGGUCUCCGUUGUACCAAUGACAAGUGUGUUGCCGGUAAAUGUGUUUACACUUGUAAGGAUUGUGAUGAUUAUUAA